AUGAAUGAGACCGAGAGUAUCACAGAUUCAAUGCAUGGCCUUGAGGCGCUCAAUCGGUUUACCUCAGGUCGUUGGCUUUGGAACGAGCGACAGCAGCUUGCCUGUCGUCAUGUCAAAUUCGACCACUCAACGCUUCUGAAAGUAGCUGCCUCUGCGGUCGGAUCGAAAGCAUGCACUCACGUGUUAAAGAUCUCCGAGGGCCAAUAUAACAAAUUGUUUCAGCUUACCAUAGACGAUAGACGCGACAUUAUUGCGAAACUUCCAAAUCCCAAUGCAGGCAGACCACACUUCACGACAGCUAGUGAGGUUGCAACUAUGGAUUUCCUGAGGAACUUUCUGAACCUUCCUGUUCCGAGAGUGUACGCAUGGAGUUCUCGAGCACCAGAGAACCCUCUCGGGGCAGAGUACAUCAUCAUGGAGAAGCAGUCCGGCGUGGUACUUAACGAUCUUGUUGAUAUUGAAAGGCGACUGGCAGCUACAAAAUUCUCCAAGUUCGGGUCGUUGUACUAUAAAGAUGACCUUCCUGACAAUUCCGAUUCUACAUCGCCCCUAUACCUUGAUUCAACUGGGAACGAAGUGCGAAGCAAAACGUUUACCAUUGGACCGACUAAUCACCGUUCUUUCUUUGACUUCGGGAGAGGCGAGUUGGAUAUUGAGCGUGGUCCAUGGUCAACAGUCAUAAGAUUUAUGAUGGCUAUUGCGCAGAGGGAAAUUGCAACUGCAAAGGCAGGUCUUCGGUAUCCCUUAAUGCCCGAAGGUCUUUUCUCUGGACCCGGACAAUACCAGCCUAGCCUCUCCAAAAAGCUCCCCUCGUUGCAAAACUACCUUAAGGUGGCACCUUAUGUUCUCCCAGAAAACAAAGCCACCCACGCCUCGGUUUUAUGGCACGGCGAUCUCCAUGCUCAGAAUAUAUUUGUCGACCCGGCAGACCCAAGCCGUAUCGUGGGAAUUAUCGACUGGCAGUCCGUUAUUGUGGUUCCGGGAUUAGUUUUAAUGGACUACCAGCCGCUCCUCAACAGCCUGCUGAGAGAUGUCGAGAAGGAAUGGGCACAUAUUAUUGGCGCUGGACGGGAUGGCAGAUCUCCUGGAACGCCAUUCCCGCUACAGUUCUCGGACGAAGAAAUCCAGCAGCAGGAGCAGGGUGGCGAGCUGUGGGCCCAAGGUGUUGAACUCAUGAAUGCAUUCGUUGACGACACUGGCUGUUUCAAGCAUUGGGGUGGUAGGGUUAGCGAUGUAGAUUAUGAAAAAUCCAGGAGAGAGCUAGACGAGGGGGUGAAGAGGUUCUUGGACCGUGAAGCCAGGAAUGAUGAAGAACGCAGGGAGUGGCUCAAAGCCCUAUUGUUCGUGGAUUAA